CUCCCUGAGUUAGUCUGGUUGUUUGCGAUCCCCGAGGCUGUGGCUGUCAACCGAGGGGCUUGCGCCCUCUGGGUUUCUACCUCAUCUGUAGGUGUGGCCCUGAUGGUGCAGCAGGCUCUGGACUCCUAAAGCUCUGGAUCGAAUUUAAGAUUUUAUUCUUGAGCGUGGCAUAGAAGAUGAAUUCUUCCACCUUCACCAUAAGUGGAAGAGUCUGAUGCUCUAUCGGUAGUUAACUAGUUAUGGGAUAUAGCAGCAGACCCAUUAAACAGAAGAGCCGUCAUCCAGGAUCAGGGAUAUCUACCUGGCCUUGUUUUAUUUAUGGACCACCCCAACCCUCCAGUCAUCCAUUUGGCUUUGCUUGCUCUUCCAUACUUGGGAGAAUGCCGUGCAAACAGAGAAAAGAUGAAAGGAGAACUGGGUAUGAUGUUGAGCCUACAAAAUGUCAUACAGAAAACUAUGGCCUUGAUGAUACGUCUUGGAGAAAUCUAUGUGAAGAGGCUUUGUUAAAAAUUAAAGGUGUUAUUAGCUUUACUUUUCAAAUGGCUGUCAAAGGUGUGGUGAGAAUCCAUUCAGAUUUGAAAGCUGAGGCUUUAGCAUCGGUGAAAGCAUCAACCAAGUUUACGAAAGAUCAGUAAGUUGUGAAAAGUGAAAGUGGAGAAGAGAUGCUGGUCCCAUUCCAAGACCUUCCUGUGGUAGAACAGAACACAGAGCUACCUGACUACCUCUCUGAAGACGAGAGUCCCACAAAGGAACAGGACAAAGUGGUGUCCUGGGUCAGCUCACACCCAGUGGGUGGAACUAGCUGGCUGAGCACAGUUGCAAACUUUUUAUCAAGAUCAUUUUAUUGGUGA